CGAGGUUUGCACAGCUCUAGCCAAAGGCGUCUACCGACAUAUAAAGGUGAUAGAGAGCUGUUUGCGAAAAAUAUAACAUUUUCGUGUUAAAAUGGGAUCUAUAUCGGAUUUUGGUCAAAUAGCGCUGAAAUGGGACCCAAAAAAUUUAGAAAUCCGUACCAUGUCAGUGGAGAAGACUUUAGAGCCCUUGGUGUUGCAAGUGACAACGCUCGUGAACACCAAAGGUCCGAGCAAAAAGAAAAAAGGAAAAUCAAAGCGUGCAAGUGCGCUGGUUGCAGCUGUUGAGAAAGCCACUGAAAACUUUAUUCAGAAGGGAGAGCAAAUUGCAUAUGAAAAUCCGGACAUAACCCAAGAAAUGCUGUCUGCCGUUGACGAGGUGCGCAAAACAGGAGAUGCCAUGAGCAUUGCAGCCAGAGAAUUUUCAGAGGACCCAUGUAGCUCCUUGAAGCGAGGGAACAUGGUUCGAGCAGCUAGAAAUCUUCUCUCAGCUGUUACACGUUUACUAAUCUUGGCAGAUAUGGUUGAUGUUCAUUUGUUGCUUAAAUCUCUUCACAUUGUUGAAGAUGAUCUUAAUAAGCUAAAAAAUGCAUCUAGCCAAGACGAACUUAUGAACAACAUGCGGCAAUUUGGUCGCAACGCUGGAGAACUCAUAAAACAAGCAGCAAAACGUCAACAAGAGUUAAAAGAUCCGCAGCUGCGGGAUGAUUUAGCUGCUGCUCGUGCAAUGUUAAAGAAACAUUCAACAAUGCUGUUAACCGCAUCUAAGGUCUAUGUUCGACAUCCAGAGCUAGAUCUGGCCAAAGUCAAUCGAGAUUUUAUUUUAAAACAAGUGUGCGAUGCCGUGAACACGAUCAGCGAUGUAGCCCAAGGAAAAUCAUCACAGCCCACUGAUGUUUACAGUGGCGCAGGAGAAUUAGCUGCAGCCUUGGACGAUUUUGACGAGGGAAUUGUAAUGGAUCCCAUGACGUACAGUGACAAACGGUCACGGCAACUUCUCGAAGAACGUUUGGAGAGUAUUAUUAGUGCUGCAGCCCUGAUGGCCGAUGCAGACUGUACAAGGGACGAGCGCAGGGAGAGAAUUGUCGCCGAAUGCAAUGCUGUUCGCCAAGCUCUACAGGAUCUGCUAUCUGAAUACAUGUCAAAUAUGGGUCAAAAAGACAACAGCCCCGGGCUAGAUCGUGCGAUUGAUCAAAUGUGUCGCAAAACGAGAGAUUUGCGACGGCAGCUUCGCAAGGCUGUUGUUGAUCAUGUGUCUGAUUCGUUUUUGGAAACAACUACGCCUUUGAUUGACCUAAUUGAUGCCGCCAAAUCUGGAAAUGAAAAGAAAGUACGUGAAAAGGCUGAGAUAUUCACGAAGCAUGCUGAGAAAUUAGUUGAAGUUGCUAAUCUCGUGUGCAGUAUGUCAAAUAACGAGGACGGAGUAAAAAUGGUUCGAUAUGCUGCGGCCCAAAUAGAAAGCUUAUGCCCCCAAGUAAUCAAUGCUGCAUCAAUACUUACGGUGCGACCAAACUCUAAAGUUGCCCAAGAGAACAUGGCAGCUUAUCGCCAAGCUUGGGAGGUGCAAGUUCGGAUAUUAACAGAAGCUGUGGAUGACAUUACAACCAUUGACGACUUCUUAGCCGUUUCUGAAAAUCAUAUCCUAGAAGAUGUCAACAAAUGUGUCAUGGCUUUACAAGUUGGCGAUGCUAAGGAUCUGCGUGGAACUGCUGGAUCUAUUCAGGGUCGUUCGUCUCGUGUAUGCAAUGUUGUUGAGGCUGAAAUGGACAACUAUGAGCCAUGUAUUUACACAAAGCGAGUCUUAGAAGCAGUUAAAGUGCUUCGCGAGCAAGUGAUGAUCAAAUUUGAACAACGAGUUGAUGCUGCAGUGGAAGCCCUGGCUACCAAUACAAACAAAAAUGUGGACGAGAAUGAUUUUAUCGAUGCCUCCCGUUUGGUAUACGAUGGAGUGCGUGAAAUUCGACGUGCAGUAUUAAUGAACAGGAGUUCAGAAGACUUGGACACGGAUACUGAGUUUGAACCAGUCGAAGAUUUAACAUUGGAAACACGCAGUCGAUCAAGUGCUCAUACUGGUGACCAAACAGUUGACGAAUAUCCGGACAUAAGCGGCAUUUGCACUGCUAGGGAAGCAAUGCGUAAAAUGACAGAAGAAGAUAAGCAAAAAAUUGCACAACAAGUGGAGCUAUUUCGACGAGAAAAACUCACUUUUGAUUCAGAGGUUGCUAAAUGGGAUGAUACUGGAAACGACAUCAUUUUCCUGGCAAAACAUAUGUGUAUGAUAAUGAUGGAGAUGACAGAUUUUACAAGAGGACGUGGCCCCUUAAAGACCACCAUGGAUGUUAUCAAUGCCGCCAAGAAAAUAUCCGAGGCCGGCACUAAACUUGAUAAGCUUACGCGUGAAAUAGCAGAGCAGUGUCCGGAAAGCAGCACCAAAAAAGACUUAUUGGCAUAUUUACAACGUAUCGCUCUCUACUGUCAUCAAAUCCAAAUAACUUCUAAAGUCAAAGCAGAUGUCCAAAAUAUAAGCGGGGAACUGAUUGUCUCGGGGCUGGAUAGUGCUACUUCUUUGAUACAAGCAGCUAAGAAUCUAAUGAAUGCCGUAGUACUGACAGUGAAAUACUCUUACGUAGCGUCAACAAAAUAUACUAGACAAGGAACUGUAACUUCUCCAAUUGUAGUAUGGAAGAUGAAAGCACCAGAGAAAAAACCACUGGUGCGACCUGAGAAGCCAGAAGAAGUUCGUGCUAAAGUUCGAAAAGGAUCGCAGAAAAAAGUUCAAAAUCCAAUACAUGCUCUAUCUGAAUUCCAAAGUCCUGCUGAUGCUGUGUAAGGGAUUUAACUUCGAAUUAUAAUAUUAAGUAUUAUAUACCUAAUUAAUAAUAUACUCGUAUAUUGGUAUAAAUGAACUGCCGAACGGGCACAGUUUAUUAUUAAAUAAAUAUAUUCUACGAUAGG